CUUUCAUCUCCUGAUCUUGCAGUGACAAGAAAACCACCAUGACCCGACCUAAAGUCCUCUUGAUCGGAGCCACCGGCAACGUCGGCGGGUCCAUCCUAGAAGCCCUGCUGGCUGCCGACCAAUUUGACAUCGAAAUCCUCAUCCGCCCCAACUCAGCCACCAAACCAUCCGUCCAAGCCCUUACCACACAGCGGGGCAUCCCCGGCCGCAUCGUCGACCUCGACGGGCCCGAAGACGAGCUCGUGCCCGCCCUGGCAGGCGUCGACAUCCUGAUCGUCACCGUGGGGCCAGCCCUCGUCGCCCAGCAAAAGAAGCUGGUGUGGGCGGCCAAGCGGGCGGGCGUGCAGCGCUUCGUCCCGAGCUCCUAUAUCACGAUCGCGCCGCCACGGGGGGCGAUGCUGCUUCGAGAGAUGAAAGAAGAAAUCAUCAACGAAAUCAAACUCCACAACCUAGGCUACACCAUCAUCGACGUCGGCUACUGGUACCAACUCUCGUGCCCGCCGCUCCCGUCGGGCCGGAUCGACUACGCCAUCCCCUUACCGGACGCGACCCGCACGGUGCACGGCGCCGGCGACGCCCCGAACAUCUUGAUUGACUUGGCGGAUAUCGGGCGGUAUGUGGCGAGGAUCCUCGCGGAUGCGCGCACGCUGAACCGGUACGUGUAUCUGUGCGGUGAGGUGUUGACCGAAAAUCAAGUCUUGGGGGUUGUGGAGGAGAUGGCAGGGGAGGAGGUGGACCGGAUUUAUGAACCGCUUGACGUAACUACCGAGAAGGCGCUGCAGGCGUUCCGCGAGCUGGAAGAGGCGCGCAGCACUACUGGUAGGGUCAAUCCUGACGAUGAGGAUAAUUGGGAGAAGCUCGUGCCGGUGUUGCUCACGCAGUACCGGGUGAGCAAGUACGUGCGCCAGGAUAAUCAGCCGCAUGUGGCGGAAUAUCUGGGGUACUUGGAUGCAAGGCAGCUGUAUCCGGAUUUGCGGCCGCGGCUGUUUCGCGAGUUUUUUGCCGAGAUGUUGGCGGGGAAGGGGAGGAAUCCUUAUGCUUAUGCUUAGGUUAGUGUGUGGGGAAACAGCUGGGACUUAUCGGUGGGGAGGUGGUUGUUCUCAGAUUUUGCUAGGAGUAGAUUGAAGGAGCCCUUCUUUUGAUAGGGUCAUGGUUCAGAGUCUGUCAUUAUAGCUAAGUAGCUCUAAUUAGGGCAUUGCGACUAGUUUGGUGAUCAAUGAAGGUCAAUCAGUU